UGCGGUCAUACUAAAAAAAGCUACAGUGAAGAGGAAGCAAAAAUUGGGAAUUGAAAAAUUUCAACAUCAAAUAUUAGUUGAAGAAAAACUAAAGUACGCUCGCUGAUCUGUGCGGAUUCCUUGCUGUUUACCACAACGCAAUGAUGACUGACGACAAAAGCUCCAGCAUCAACAGCGAGUCAGAGGAUCGUCGGGCAAAGCACAAGAAGGCCAAGAAGCACAAGAAACAGAAAAAGUCUUUUUCCGGCAACGACGAGAAGGACAGGCAUAUCCAUAAAAAACAUAAGAAAGCGAAGAAGCGUCCCCACCGCCGAAGCGAGUCCUCGAACGACUCGGACGCGGCGGAAAAUGCCAAGGCCAAGCUGCCAAAGAGCUCCGGAUUGAGCAGCAAGUUCACCGAGAUCAUGCAGAAGGCAAGCCGCAACGGGGCCGACUUCCGCAUCGGCAAACCACUGCUGCCCACGGACCCAAGCAGCCUCGUGGAGGAGAUUACCAAGACCAUUCAGAACAAGGUGCUGCCCGUCUUGGAGGUGGCCAGUUCGGGCAGCGAAAGCGAUGUCCCCGCCGAAGUGGCCAGUCCUAUCAUUGCAUCUAUUAUAGAGGACGAGCUAAACUUGGAGGACUUGAUGCGUCAGAAGGCUCUGCUGCAGGCUCGCCUGGGCGCCUAUAUGUCGGACCCAGAGGCCGAGGCCCAACCUCAGGCACAGUCGCACCCACACCGGCAGAUUGUGCAGGCCAAACCAGUGGUCAAGGUGGUCACCUCAGCCCCACAGUCUGCAGCGCCGCUGGCUACUGCAACCAGUAAACAUGCUAAUAUUAAACAGUCUAGCACGCAUAACUCAAAUGAAUCCGAUGUUAUAUUGUUGGAUGAUUCUAGCGGAGGCCAGCGCACUCCCGAGAAGCGACGACGCCACACAUCCCCGCUCCCAGCAGCCCCGAGAAACCGAGCCCGCGAUGACCCGGUCCACGGACGACGGGAACGGCGCUCAAGAGAACGAGACCGCACACCCACACGUCGCCGGGCAGCAGAGCAGCAGAUGCCGGCCCUGCCGCGCAGCCGCAACCGCAACAUGGAGGACUUACGGCAGGAGAUUAACCGCGAUAAACAGAGGGAGAGACGCGACCAUAGCCGAGACCGGGAUCGGCGUGGAGCAGAGAGGCCGGUGCCCAACGAUUUGCGACCGGGUCGUGCCCGAGAGCGAGACGUUCGGCAAAAUCGUAACCAACGGUCGCACAGCCGUAGUAAGUUUGAAUCGGACAGGCGCCGCGAGCGGGAGCGGCAAAAGGACCGGGAUCGAGGUGGAUUUGACCGUGGUGGAGCACGCGGUGGUGCAGACAACGGAGACCGAGAUCGUUACAAGGGUUCACUGAGCGAGGGGCAAAAGAAGUACGACAAAGAGAGUAGUGACGAAGAGGUCAACCUGGACAUUGAUAUUGACGAGGACGAUGAUGACGAAGAACGCAUCAUUAAGCUGCGCCGGAAAAAGCGCGAGGAGCUCCUCAAGAAACUGGGCACGGGGCAGGAAUCACCAACGCCCCAAAACUCCAACUCGUACGAGUCUCGGAGCACUUCGCCCGGCUCAUCCCAACGCGACAGGCCUCCCAGGACUCCGACGCCCACACUAGCUGGGUCGGAUCUGGCCAGCGCGGAACUGCCGAAGGAGCACCAGCAGCAGGACAACUCAAAUAGCCAGAAGAACAGCUCCGUCAAGGAAAAACGAAACGAUUGGGAUAUGUUUGCCGAUCAGGAUGUGGAUUCCAAUUUCGAUUCACCCAACACAAUCGUUCAAAGCAAGCACCAACACGAAAAUCCCGCCCUUACCGACAACUGGGACGACGCAGAGGGCUACUACCGAGUUCGGAUCGGUGAGGUGUUGGACAACCGCUACCUGGUUAAUGGCUACACGGGCCAGGGCGUCUUCAGUAAUGUCGUGCGUGGCCGAGACCAAGCUCGAGGACAGGCUAAUGUAGCUAUCAAGAUUAUACGCAACAACGAAAUAAUGCACAAAACUGGCUUGCGGGAACUGGAAAUUCUUAAGAAGCUUAACGACGCCGAUCCGGAGGAUCGAUUUCACUGCCUUCGUUUGUACCGUCACUUUUUCCACAAACAGCAUCUAUGCAUGGUGUUCGAGCCUUUGGCAAUGAAUUUACGUGAGGUACUCAAGAAGUACGGCAAGAAUGUGGGCCUUCACAUUAAAGCAGUGCGUAGCUACACGCAGCAACUAUUUUUGGCUCUCAAAUUGCUGAAAAAGACGGGCAUUUUGCAUGCGGACAUUAAACCGGACAAUAUUUUGGUCAACGAAAAUAAUCUUAUACUAAAAUUAUGCGAUUUUGGUUCUGCCUCGGCCAUUAGCGAUAACGAAAUAACUCCGUACUUGGUGUCGCGGUUUUACCGCUCUCCGGAGAUUAUUUUGGGAAUACCCUACGACUAUGGAAUCGACACCUGGUCCGCCGGCUGCACAAUCUAUGAGCUGUACACUGGAAAAAUUCUGUUCAGCGGGAAGAGCAACAACCAAAUGCUCAAGUUUUUCAUGGAUGUGAAAGGCAAGAUACCAAACCGAAUUGUCAGAAAAGGUCAGUUUAAGGAGCAGCACUUUGAUCAGAGCUGCAACUUCCUAUACCACGAGAUUGAUAAGCUCACCGAAAGGGAAAAGAUUGUUGUGAUGCCGGUCGUUAAACCGUCGCGUAGCUUGCACCAGGAACUAAUUGCUGACCAAAACCUGCCAGAAGAUCAGCAUCGCAAGGUCACCCAGCUCAAGGAUCUGCUUGAAAAUAUGUUUGCCUUAGAUCCGGCCAAGCGGAUUUCCCUCAACCAGGCUCUAGUUCACCCUUUCAUACAGGAGAAGAUGUAGAGCGAACGACGACUUUGAUUAAACGUAAUUCUAUUUUGCAUAGCUCGUAAGACUACGAUACGCCCAACUCGCGAGUUAGUUACUAGUUCUCGUUCGUUAUCAGACAAACAUGCUCACACAGAAAUCACAGGAUCUACACAUCUAUUCAAUGCGUAUACUUGUACGCUAACACAAUCUGUGGUUUUUAGUUCAAUGGCUUGUUUUGAGAACCGAAUUAUAAAAAAUAUUCAGUUAGCAAAUGUUCCGCAACUUCUUAUUCGUGUGUACCAUGCGUGUAUAUAAGUAUUUUAGAACUACUACUGUAUAAAAUGCAUGUGACCGAUUUGCGACACACAAUAUAAAAAUCGUUAAUGUGAA